AUGGCGAAUAAUAAGAAACCCGUUUCUUCAUCAUCAGGUCCACUUCUGAUCGUUCCUCUCGAUAAAAUAACUAGUCAGCCUAAUUGCAGACUUGGCUUAUUCAGUCUGAAAGACAAGACAGCCUAUGAUCUCAACCUUGUUUUUGAAGAAUCUGAAGAUGUUAUUGCUUCAGAAUACGAGGAUAAUCGGAUUGUCGGCUCCUCUCAUGGAUGGGUGAUGAUAUUAAGCAAGAAUUCUGAGUUUACUCUGAUGAAUGUACUCUCAAGGAGUAUUAUUCAACUUCCGCAGGCAAAAGUAAAGCCUAGUUCCCAUACAUCUUCAGAACAGUUACGACGAACCCUGAUUGAUAAAGCAAUUUUAUCUGUUGAUCCAUCUCACAAUGACAACUACAAGGUCAUAAUCAUUUAUGGUUUGAACAAGAAACUUGCUUUUCACUGUUGUGGAGACAAAACAUGGACAACCUUUGGUGAGACUCAAUAUUACCAUGAUCUUGUAUGGUUUAGCAAUAUGCUCUAUACGUUGAGAGGAGGGAUUACAAUCGAGGGAUGGGAUUUUGCUGAUUCUUGUACACCUACGAGAAAGGUAUGUGUACAGUGCAGCUAUACACCAAUCUUGUCUUUUCCUUCUGAUCGUUGUACUACUCAAUGGUACUUAGUGCCAUUGUUGGGGGAGAUGUUGUUCAUUGUUAGGUUCGUUGGGGAGUUCGUGAAUCAUGAAGGUGAGCUGCUUUGUGAAGGAGAUCUUCUAGGUGAAGAAGAUAUCCAUCCUUUGACUUGUCCAUAUAGGACGUUUUACUUCCAAGUUUACAAGGUAGAUGUGAUUGAAAAGAAAGUGGAAGAGGUCCGAUCUUUGAAGGAUCAAGUUAUAUCGUACACACUAGUGAUUUACAGGUCACCCUUUUGGGUUCUCUACCAAAUUAGCUUAGCUGAAUUAGCGUUCCCACAUCGGUAUAACUGUCAUCAAUAUCCUGAGACUAAAGAACUCAAAACAUAUCCACUGAAACAUCUGCAAAAAUCUUGA